AUGUACAUGGAGACACAAGUUAACGGGAAGCCGACGAAGGCCCUAGUGGACACAGGAGCCAGUCAUAAUUUUAUCACCAAGGAGGAGGCCACAAGCUUGGGUCUAUCUUGGACUGAAAAAUCUGGAUGGUUAAUGAUAGUCAACGCUAAUGCUCGUCGACUAGAGGGAGCCGCGAGCAAUGUGGAGUUACGCUUGGGGACAUGGCAGGGAUGCGUGAAUUUUUCAGUCGCACCUAUGGACGACUUCAAAGUGGUACUUGGCGUGGACUUCCUGCGACAUGUAACAGCGAUCCCUAUGCCUUCCUUUAGUACCAUUUGCAUCUUAGAAAAGGGUUCCCCGUGUAUGGUGCCAACAAUAGAAGGAGACAGCGGGAGUCCCAGCAAACAACUGUCCGCAAUGCAACUUGCCAAGGGGGCAAAUCGAGGUGAACCCACAUACGUAGCUGUGCUAAAGGAAGACAACUCUGAGGGGAAUUCCCCAGAAGUACUUCGGGACAAUGAGCUUUACGUGAAGGAGUCCAAGUGCAUUUUCGCUCAAGAAGAAGUAAACUUCUUGGGACAUAUCGUUGGCCACGAACGAAUUAGAAUGGAUGGGGCAAAGGGCUAUUCGGCAAGGGCAGCACCUCUCACUGACCUGCUCAAGAAAGAAAAGCCGUGGGUAUGGUCCAACGAGUGCCGACAAGCCUUUGAAGACCUCAAGGUCGCGGUGAGCCAGGAGCCUGUCUUAGCGUUACCGGACUUCACCAAACCCUUCGAGGUUCAUACAGAUGCCUCUGACUUUGCUAUUGGGGGAGUACUAAUGCAAGAGCGACACCCUAUAGCAUUCGAGAGCCGGAAGCUGAAUGAUACCGAGCGACACUACACGGUGCAAGAAAAGGAGAUGACAGCCAUCCUCCACUGCUUGAGGCUUGAGAUUGCAUUAGAAAAUGAAUAA